GGAGGCCGCCGGCCUUCGGGGGGCGCGCGGCGGCUGCCGCUGAGGCGGGGAGAUGCGGGCCCCGGCGCGGCGCUGAGCCAGCGGGCCCAUGGCGGCUCCUGAGCCGGGCCCCGAGGCGGGCGGCCCGGGGGGCAGCGUGGAGAUCGACCCGGACUUCGAGCCGCAGAGCCGGCCCCGCUCCUGUACCUGGCCCCUGCCCAGGCCCGAGCUCUCGGCGGCGCAGCAGGAGGCGGGGGGCCCGGCGGCGGCGGCGGAGGAGGAGGGGCCCGGCGGGGCCGGGGCGGCGGCGGCGGCGGGGCCCGGGCGGGCCGAGGGGGCGCGGGGGCCCGGCGCGGCGGCGCGGAAGGGCGGCUCCCGGCGGAACGCCUGGGGGAACCAGUCCUACGCGGAGCUCAUCAGCCAGGCCAUCGAGAGCGCCCCGGAGAAGCGGCUGACGCUGGCGCAGAUCUACGAGUGGAUGGUUCGCUUCGUGCCCUACUUCAAGGACAAGGGCGACAGCAACAGCUCGGCCGGCUGGAAGAACUCUAUUAGGCACAAUUUAUCCCUGCACAGCAAGUUCAUUAAAGUGCAUAAUGAAGCUACAGGAAAGAGUUCUUGGUGGAUGCUCAAUCCUGAAGGUGGUAAAAGUGGGAAAGCACCAAGGAGGAGAGCUGCCUCUAUGGACAACAGCAGCAAACUGGCAAAAGUCAGAGGUAAAGCAUCCAAAAAGAAGGCUUCACUCCAAGCAGCUCCGGAAGCUACUGCCGACAGCCCUGGCUCCCAGUUCCCCAAAUGGCCUGGGAGCCCAUCAUCAAGGAAUAAUGAGGACUCCGAUGUGUGGACCAGUUUCCGGCCUCGAACCAGUUCCAAUGCGAGUACCAUUAGUGCCAGGCUCUCUCCUAUCAUGCCUGAGCAGGACGACCUCCCAGAUGAAAAGCUUCUUCCUUCUCUAGUGUACUCCAGUGCAUCCAGCAAUGUCCCACCAACCGUGACUGAGGAGCUUGAACUCAUUGAUGGGUUAAAUCUGAUGUCACCCAGUUCAUCUAUGCUGCCCACCCAGCAGUCUCCCUCAGGUGGUCCAGUCCAGAGAGAUUCCAGCUUCUCUUUGAGGACCCAGCAUUCAGCUGGCCAGGCCUCUACUUUUGGCACCUCUCUGUUUAACCCUGUUGAUAUCUCGCUGCAGAGAUCUGUUAACUGUUUCUCUGGCCCUCAGACCCUGGAAGCUCUCCUGACAUCCAGCUCUCCACCUCCCAGUGAUGUGAUGAUGACUCAGGUGGAUCCGAUCCUCCCUCAAACUGGAAGCAGGCUAAACAGCCAGACUUUUCUGCUUCUAGGUGGACAAGUCACCCAGAAUAAAACAAGCCCAGUCAACCCACGAGGAAAGCCUUUGGAGCAGCAGUCAGAGUCAAUAGGUGCCAGUGCUUUGCCAUCUAUGCUUUCUGUGGUGGCAUCUCCUCAAAACACAGCCAGCAUGCCCACUUCGAAGGCCCCAGUUCCAGCACCGACAGCCCAAGCAGUCCAUCUGGGCACUCAGCCGCUUCUCUCUUCUGUUAGCUCUGCCCCAUUUGGAGUGAACCAGGACAGGCUGCCCACUGACCUGGACGUUGACAUGUACAUGGAGAACCUUGAAUGUGAUGUGGAUUACAUAAUCAACAGUGACCUCAUGGAUGGAGAAGGACUAGACUUCAACUUUGAACCCAUUCUGUCUACUCCCAGCUACCCCAACACCUCGCAGGCCUCCAACCAUACUUGGGUACCAAGUUAACUUCAGGAAUACAAAAGGUAGUGUCCUUCAGGUUUCUGAAUGUUGGGUCCUGACUUCGCUUCCCACCCCUGGCAGAGUCUGAAAAAACAGAGCGCACUGGACACAGCUUCUCUGCACAACAUGCUUGGGGCAGACAGAACUGCUCACCUGGGAGGAAGGGGGCAAAUCUGCACCUGGUUGCAAUGGGAAGAGUUUUGAAAAAAAUCCUGUUGUGUGCUGCGUCUCUUCCUAAAAAUCCUGACUUGCCAUGGAUCUUCUGCAGAAGCCCCCGGGCUGUGCACAUUCGAAGAGGAGCUCUGAUGAAAAUCCCCACGCUUGGCCAAAGGCUGUUAUGCCAGACAACAGCAAUAUCCAAUGCAAAGGGUUGGGUGUGUUGGAGGAUGCCUUAUCUCUGCCAUAGCAGCAGUUCGCCCAGUGCCUCGGGCUGUCAGAAGGGGCCUGUUCUGUCCCCACUUUGCCCUCUGGGAUGGAGUAGCUGGGCCUCUUCCUUCAGCCACCAGCCUUGUGCUUGGUACUCCACAGACAUUUAGAAGAAUUAGAAGGAGACUCUUGGCAGAAGCCUGGUAGGACUAGGGUGUCAAAUGGAUUGGGGUUGGUUUCAAAGUACCCCACCGUUCUGCACCCAUCUGAAGGGAUGAGGGAGUGGCUGCCAGGGAGGCUUCCCUUUGCUCACCUAGGCAGAAGAGGAGGACAUACAGUUUAAUUUCACUGUGCCAGCUGGGCCCCGUUGAAUGAGUAGUAUGUUCUAGAGAAGUCCUGUGCUAUUCUAAGCACUUUCCUGAUACAGCAGGCUGCUGGAAAAUAGACACAGGUGCUGAUUGCUGUUGCUGGGACUCCAAAACAUCUUUGGGGGUUUGUUUCUGGGCUGUCUUGCUACAGCAGAGAAAUGGGAAGCCUGGGUGUGGCCUUAACAGUGCCCUGGUUGCUUUUCAGAAGGGCAUUUUCUAUAGAUGAAAUAUUUUUUUACUAAUCUAAGGGCUUUCUAUAUUGAAAGCCAGUGUAACCACAUGUCUCCAUUGGCAUACUGGGUAUCUCUCCCUCUAAGAAGGUGGUACCAAUGGCAGAUUUGCCUUUCAAAGCUGUGCUGAGAAUAAAUACUCUUGACAUUCAAUUAUGUGUCUGAUUGGGGGAAGAACUGGCAGGCCCCCACAGUUUGGAACCAUGUGGGGAGGGGGUUGUACAUUUCUUGUAAUCUAUAUGUAAAACUAGCUGCAAAUUAAUUAGAAGCUUUUUCUAAACCUUUUACAAAUAUAUAUAUAUAUAUUUUUUAAUUGAGAAACAAGAUUAUUGGAUUAAAACACACUUUUUUUUCUGCAUCUUUAUCCUGUUGAUACCACAUGAACACUACAGUGAGGCUGGGAACAAGCCUGGGGUUAUGGGGUAUGAAUACAGUUGGGAAGGGGUGGGGCAGACAUUUCAGAAUGCUUGGGGAAUAGCCACACUCUUCAAAUCAAUCAGACUGGGGCAGAUCAGUCUCUGGCCAUGUGAUUGGACACUCCCACUAAGUAUCCCCUAACCUUGUGCUCUUGGCUAAUCAUUAACAGGGGAUAAGCUGGGUAUGUUAAGCCCUAGAGUAGCAGGGCUGCAGCUGAUGCUUCAGAGGCUUAGGCUCCCUAACCUCUUACUGAAUGAGGGAGGCUGAGCCAGGCUUGCUGACAUUCUGUGCCGCCUUCAUCCCCCACUCGUUUGAAGCCAGGAGCUCAGUCAGCUUUAGUAGCUGACAACCUGGUUGUCCUGGUUUCUAUCGUUUUUCCUUUUGCUACUGAAGUUUUUCUGCUACUACUUGCUAAUUCUAGUCCUGUAGGCAGCGCUGUAGGAGUCUGAUUGGGGUUCUGACCUGUGAACAGUUUUUGUCCCCAGCCAGGACCUGAAGGAACUAUGAGGGUCAGCUGGCAGUUUUCUUUCAGCCUUUGGGUGUUUGUGGUGGUAGGAUUUGGGGGAGGGGAUGAUUCUUUGCAGUGUUCUAUGGGAUUUGUUAAUGCAGAAAGUCUCUGGCAUUCUUUCUGCAGAUGGCAGAUGAGUCUUCUUGUGGAAGGUUUAUGUGGUGAGGUGCUGGGAGUUUGUAUUGCUUUGCUGCCUUCUCUGCAUGUCGGUUCAGGGUUUCACUAGAACUGCUGGAGACCUGAACAGAAGUGGUCUCUGAGUCUGGCCACCUGAAAUGAGGCCUGUGGAGCAGUCUUGCCUUGAGCCUCAUCUGCCACUAGGUCCUUUUGGGGAACGCUAAUUGGAAAUGACUCGAAGACUUGAGUUCAGUUGUGCGUUUUUACAGUAACGUGCUCUUAGGUUCACACACCCACAUACCUUUUGCUGUACUGCCUGGUAAAGCAACCGUCACACCCUGAACAAUAGGCAGACCUGGAGUUAGCUAAUCCCAUGCUUUGCUAAACUGGGGUAACAGCAGUGAAAAUAUUUAGCCAGGGUCAAUCAGCGCAACUGAUAGAUGAUAGUCCUCCAAUCCCUUCCCACAAGCCCUGGGCACCAAUUGUGCACAUUGCCUCCAUAAAGAGCAGUGGCUGAUGGUCCGAUUAUUAGGGCAGGCUGGAUCCUUUCCUUUGGCACAUGACCGCAUACCAGCAUGGUUAAUGCCACAAGUGAAUUUUCCAGGCCUAGACCACUUCCUCCUACAAUCCCCAACGUGGGUAGACACCCUGCGAAUGUGAGCAUAGAACAAUGCAGUGAGUUCUCAGGAUAGUCCCCACGUUAGCUGUAUUGCUUCUCACGACCACAUAGAGCAUCAGUGGGGGUGUGACACAGCGUGCUGACAUUAACAAUGUGUUUGUGCUCUGGUUGGUUAGGCUAUCAUAUGUUGACUGACCCAUGAUGGCUAACGCUGUGGUUAGUCAGCAGCGAAGACAGAGCCUAAAGGCGCAGGACUGUAAUGUUGGUUACCAGAACCUCAGACCUAGAAAUCCAGUGCAAGCCCGAGCCGCUAGUGAGCAUAUCUGUGCGUUGUUAGCAGUCUGCUUUAGAACUUCCUUUGAAUUUGUCCAGUUCAAACAGCAGCAUGCUAGUGACUAACGCACUCGGGUGCCUGUUACAGCCUGUGGGCCAUGGGUCUGUGCAUUGAUCCUGCACUCCUGGGAGCUAGGCAGUUAGGUGGCUUUUCUCACCGCUGUGUGCUGGCCUGCCGUGACCCAUUGUAGCUCUAGGAGCUGGGGUCAGCCCUAGUGAGGGUUGCUGGAAUUGCUGCCUCGCUGGCUGUAAGAGAUGGAGUUUGUUGUAGCUGCUACCUCUCCCUGCUGCACCAUCUCUCACUGGGAUACUCUCACAGAGCACUUACUGCACUUAGGAUGGACUGAGACCUUUUCCUUAGGGAGUUAAAUGACAACUCAGAAGCAGACUCUAGGACUCGCUGCUGCCACCUCUUCCUGGUGUCUGGAAACUUAACUUCGGCCAGACUUUCCAGUGCGCCACCUAGGAGAUGGCCACAGCAGGAAGUGAGCAGUAAUGCUACAGCACAUCCCGAUACAGUUGCAUCAGGCAUAGGGCACAAAUGGUAUAUCUCUUGGUAUCUUCCCUGGUAGCUAAGCAUUUUGGCAGCCUCAUCUGCAGGGGGCAGAACAGGUGGUGGUGCUGCUGUCCUGCUGCUGUCUCUGGCCUGCAGCAGCAAACGACAGUGUUUUUAGAUUAACACUCGGUUGCCAGUAUGGGAGACUUCCCAGUGCUGUGAGGAAUGGAGCCAAAGCAACAGGGCUCAGCCUACUGGAAAGGUGGCACUCCAUUUAAAGGCAAAUCAGCCCUUCUCCGGUACAAGGGCAGUGUGUGGUGGAUCUAGUGAAUGGGAAGGGAUGAGGGCAAGGGGAGGAAGAAUCUGGUAGUUGCGCCUGUUAUGCCCCUUCCCAAACUUCUGACUAGCUCUGUCCAUAAAUAUUGUGCUCCUCUAGCCGUGAGCGUUUUCCCAACUACUAGUGGGUAACCUGUAGUGAAGCGUCCAGUCUCCAAUCUGAUGGAGGGCCUGGUGGAGAAUUCCACUUGUAGAAUCACUUUACAUAGUAUGGGUGGGGGACAGCUGUGUUCUGAGGUGGCCCUGUCCUUCUGGGCAUGUGCCUGAGAGAGUUAGCAGGGAGGGGGUGCAGGGCUGUAAGCACAAGGCCUGAUACAGUACAGUGCUGUGUGGUGUCCCCUCAGCCUUCUACACGAGUUGAGCUCAGGCCACACUUAGUUAUUCCAUUCCUGAAUUCAACCACAAUUGUUCAUAGUGUUGAGCUGCCUGUGGAGCCAGCAUGAGGCAAACCCAUUGCCUUUGUGUACACCUGCGUUCAGCAGCCUCCUUGAGGCACUCUCUGCGGGUCUGUGAUACGGUCAAGUGGCCCUAGUCUUACUGCCACUAACAACUUCGAAUAGCCAAAGCUUAUUGGAGCCCUUCACUCUCCCUUUGCCAGGUUGUCUCUUCCUGCUACACUGUGUGUUUAAAUCUGCAAACAGACCAUCCUGACGAGAAACUCAAACAGAGGGAGGGUUCCAGAAACCAUGUGUAUCUUAUAAAUGAUGUGCAUACUAGAAGCACACAGCACUAAUCAGCUUUUCCAAAGGAAAUGCCUAGAAAGAUUUUUAUGUAGGCCAUGAAUUCUUUUUUUAAAUUUAGUUGCUUAUUUAUAGUCACGCUCCAGGGCGGUAUUGCCCUCAAGCCCCUGUGCGUUGCCAUGUAACCCUGGGGGGACCUCAAAAGGCAGAGGCACUCGUACCAAUGUGAUGCAGUUGCUCUCAAUGGGCCCUGCUCUGCAUGGCAGAGGACUGUCUUGAGCCUUGUUGGUUUAUUUCUAAUCAAAGUAAAGUGAGAGUUUGGAUCCAUCAUUUAAAGUUGUGGGACAUGAGCAUGAGGGGGGAUAGUUUGUGGUUCAGGUCUCUUCCCCCUCCCCAAACGCCAUCUGAGGUAGGAAAAUAGAUUGGUUGUGAUUACAUUAAAAAGCUUGAUGAUGAAAAUUAAAUUCUUGCUCUGCUGUGUAAGGCUACGUCUGUGUUUACGAUAGCAUGUAGAGUACAGACACUGCGCACCCAGCUGGCAUGGGUAUAAAUAGCAGUGUGAAUGGUGAGAGUUUAGGCGACUAGAGUACCCUACACGUCUCUACACACCCAAGCGGUGCCUCCCAUGUCUACAUUGCUGUUUUGAGCAGUGUAGUGUCCUGCUGCCUCACCACUGCAGGGAAAGGCUCUUGCGGGGAAAGUUCCGGGAGCUCCCUAUUGCCAAAGCUUUUCAUGCCCCAUGCAGCUACGUGUGUAGUGCCUGUACUCUGCACACUGCUGCCAUCGGAGAUGGAGCCUCAAAAGAUGGAUUCCUGGAGAGGUCGGUCAGUGCAUGGAAACCGCCCCCCCUCCUCUCCACCUGCAGUAACAUGGUCUGUGGGAAAAGGGAUCCCUCUCCAAGCACCAAGGCUACGUCACUCCCUGUGCCAGGGUACAUCCUAAGGGAAGAGGCUCUGCAUGGGACAGUCUGAUUUAGUCGUUGUGCUGACAAAAAUGGAUGGUGUCAGUGACUGACUGUUACACGCUGAGGUGAAAGGAGGGAGCCCAGGUGUAUGAGGCCAAGAAGGUGAAGCAGCUCCUUGCAGAGCUGUGUUCAUGGUGGUCUUGUGAAGGCUGUUGACAGCAUGUUUCAUGGUGUGUAGCUUGGAGGGGAUGUAUGGUGAAGUGCCAACAGUGCCUAGAGGGGGAUUUGGAUGCUUGGAGGAUGCAUCAGUUCUCCUGGAAGGAGGCUUUCAUUAGGCUGCAGAGAUAGGAAAUGGUCCCAUGAUCUGCUCUUUCCAGGACAGUAUUGUAGUGUCAUUCUCCACUCCCUCCAGACUAUGGCCCAGCCUCUUGCUCUCAUGGUGGGAUGCCUGCACCAACAUGCUAAGUGUGUCAGCUUAUUGCUCAAAGCUGGGUUUGUCUGUUGCUGGCACAGUCCCCACAGUGUAGCAGCACCGGCUGGCAUAGGUUCCCACAACUGCCCCAGUUGCACUCUCAUUCACUCAUUUCUCAUGAAGUUUUUUACUUUUAAAAUCUCUGCUUUUUGUUUGCUCUCCUUAGCAGUGUGAUUUCUGAACUAUUACAGGCUCUGUUACCAUCUGUGCUAGUGAGACUGUGUAGAAUGUGCUAGACUAGGGGGAAAGUUUGACAAAUAAAGAUCUGUAAUCCUUU